AUGUCUCCACAACCCGAACAUCUCAUACCAGCAGCCUUUAAACUCGUGAGGACGAAAAGUGCUAUGGGUCUUGUUGGCUCAAAAAAUCUUUCUCAAAAAGAUAUGGAACCUGUUCUAGAAAAACUCAAGGAUCAUUUAAUUGCAAAAAAUGUGGCAUCAGAUAUUGCUAAUAAGUUAUGAACAUUUGAUAGUGUAGCUCGGAUUGUCAAAAAUACCAUGACUGAAUCUUUAGUUCAAAUUCUAAGUCCUACAAGGCGUGUUGACAUUCUUCGAGAUGCCCUCGAAGCAAAGAAGGCUGGAAGACCUUUUGUUAUGGUGUUUUGUGGCGUAAAUGGUGUAGGAAAAUCCACUAAUCUUGCCAAGAUAUGCUUUUGGUUGAUUGAAAACAAAUUACGUGUGAUGAUUGCAGCCUGUGACACUUUCAGAGCUGGAGCGGUAGAACAAUUGAGGACACACGUUGUCAGUCUUAAUAAUCUUCACCCACCUGUUAAUAGCAUGCCUCAAGUACAGUUAUAUGAGAAAGGAUAUAAAAAGGAUGGAGCUAGUUUGGCAAAAGAGGCUAUCAGUAAAGCCCGUGAGCAAAAGGUUGACGUUGUUCUUGUUGAUACUGCUGGCAGAAUGCAAGACAAUGAACCACUUAUGCGUGAGCUUGCCAAGGUUGGAGCAGCAAUCUCCAUGACGUACAUGACAGGGCAACCAAUUCUGUUUGUCGGUACAGGACAAACUUAUACAGACUUAAAGUCACUCAAUUCUAAAGCAGUUGUUCAUGCGCUUAUGAAAUAA